UCCUCCUCCUCCUCUCCCACUCCCCACCGCAGCCCUUAAAGCCCCCGGGAAGACGGCCGGGAAAGCCGGCUCUGCGGAGGAAAAGUUGGGAAGUUGGGCGAGGAGGGCAGCGCUGGGGAGUGUUUCGCGGGGAGGGGGAGAGGGCCCGGCGCCUUCCAACGGUGCCGGGCACCUAGGGAGGGCUCGACGCGUCCAGCACUGGCCGCUGGGAGGGAGGGGAAGGGUCGGGAUUGGGAAAGUGGGGAGGGGGGAGCCGAAGCCGGUCCCGGCUGGUCCUGGCCGCUGACGAUGCGGCUGGGAGCUGAGCACGCCUGGAGCCUUCCCCAUGGAGGUCCCCCACCUGCAACGGCGGGGUUGCAGCCUGGAGAGAUCACAGCAUCCAGGUAACCGUGGUUACCGAUCAAUCGGUACCAUAGAGGAAACCGGGAGAAUCCCCCGACUGGACGGAGGAAUCCUCGCUUCUCGACCCUAGGAAACUCCUGUACCAUGUCCUACCCUCAGUUCGGAUACCCUUAUUCCUCGGCACCCCAGUUCCUGAUGACCACCAAUUCCCUGACCACCUGCUGCGAGUCCGGCGGGCGGCCGCUGGCGGAGCCCGGGGCGGCGGCGGCGGCGGCGGCUCAGCCCCCCGUGUACUGUCCGGUGUACGAGAGCAGGCUGCUGGCCACCGCCAGGCACGAGCUCAAUUCGGCCGCCGCCCUGGGGGUCUACGGAAACCCCUACACCGGCCCCCAGGGCUACGGCAACUACGUCACCUACGGCACCGAGGCCUCCGCCUUUUACUCCUUGAAUAGUUUCGACUCGAAGGACGGGGCUGCAUCGGCGCCCGCGGGAAUUACGCAGGCGGCGGCGGCGGCGGCGGCGGCGGCCUAUUACCCUUACGAUCCCACGCUCAGCCAGUAUCAGUAUGACAGGUACGGCACGAUGGACGGGGGCACCCGCAGGAAGAACGCCACCCGGGAGACCACCAGCACCCUCAAGGCCUGGCUGCAGGAGCACCGCAAGAACCCCUACCCCACCAAGGGCGAGAAGAUCAUGCUGGCCAUCAUCACCAAGAUGACCCUCACCCAGGUGUCCACCUGGUUCGCCAACGCCCGGCGCCGCCUGAAGAAGGAGAACAAGAUGACCUGGCCCCCGAGGAACAAAUGCUCCGACGACAAGCGACCCUAUGAGGAGGAGGAGGAGGAGGAGGAGGAGGAGGAGGAGGAGGAGGAGGAGGAAGAGGAAGAGGAGGACGCACAGGACGGCGCCCUCAAGAGCGACAAGGCUGACGACCCCGCGGGCAAGGACGAUCAGGAGCUGGACCUGAGCGACCUGGACGACCUCCACCCCAUCGAGGCCCACAGGCCCGGCGGCCUCCAGAAACGGCCCUGCCAGCCCCCGGGGGCAGACCCCGGCCCAAAGACCCCCGCCCCGGCCCAGAUGGGCGGGGGGGGAGAGGAAGGGGCCGGAGGAGACGGGGGCAGCCCCCUGGACCGGGACCGGCCCCGGGACCAGGCCCGCAGCUGCCUCAAAAAUGUGCUGCUGGAAGGCGGCGACGCCAAAAUGGCCUUCCACCCGCCGGGCGAGCCACGGAUCCUGGAGGCCAAGCCCCGCAUCUGGUCACUAGCCCACACGGCCACCUCCCUGAACCAGACUGAAUUCCCUUCGUGCAUGCUCAAGCGCCAGGGACCCUCUUCCUCUUCCUCCUCCUCCUGCUCCUCGUCCUCCUCCUCCUCUUCGUCCUCGUCGUCCUCUUCGACGCCGGGCGGCGCCUUGGACAGACAGCAGGACUCCCCGGUCACCAGCCUGAGAAACUGGGUGGACGGGGUGUUUCACGACCCCCUCUUCCGACACAGCACUUUGAACCAGGCCCUGGGCGGCCCGGCCGUUUCCUGGCCCGGCAGCAAGGAGGCCAUCCUGGAGCCGGGGGGCUUGGCCCGCUCGCUGGGCCCCGGCUCGGCCCUGCUGAAAGGACAGCUGGCCUCCUUCCCCCCCGCCCACCACGACCCCAACAAGGAGUUCCUGGCCUUCCCCAAAGCCGGCAGCAAAAUGUUCUGCUCCUAACCGCGCCCCGGGCCUCUCUUUCUCUUUCUCCUACCCCUUCCUUCACCUCUUCUCCUUUCUCCCCCUUCUCCUCUUCCUCCCCAUCCU